GCACUGUGGUCAGACUGGAAAGAUCUUCACAACUUCCUGUGGAGCAUACAGCUGCUGAUAAAUGAGUUUAAUACGAGUUACGAGCUGCAGAGUUGUCUGGUGAAAUGUCUCCUGUCAACACGAGGGCCGGCUGGAGAGAGUAUAUUUUAUGCUCCGUAUACGUCGUGCCUCUCUGUGCGGAAGGAGGAAGGUCUGUGGCUUCUCCGGGUGAGAUUGGUCGGCCGUACAAAAUCUGAAGACCUGGAUCUGAUUUGCCCGAAACCAAAGCACAGACGUCCAAGAGUAAUGCAUCAUACGCCCAGAAGCCGCACUACCAGGUCUAUGACCACCACCAGCUAUCCAGGGAGAACCACAGAAAGUUCUGUCAUCACGGGGCCGCCUAGAGUCACCCCUACAACACCAACAGACGAUCAUGGACUCAUGGUGAAUACUACAACGAAAGAGGUCUCCACCAAGCCGUCAACGACUAAAAUAUCACCAAAGGUCACAUCACUGGGGCCUACAGAGCUCGGAACAACCCUAAAGUCUUCUGAUAUCCUGACUCCUCCGCAGUGUUCAGUCCCAACGGGGAGGAUAACCUGCCUGAACGCUUCGGUCCCACGUGACACGUGCUUAGAUAACCGCUGUUGUCAUGACCCCAUAGACUCCAUCAGCCCUUGUUACUAUGGUCAUACUGUUACCGUUCACUGCUCCCCGGAUGGUCUCUUCCGCCUGAUCCUGUCCCGGUAUGCCACUAACCCUCCGCUGCGGCUGUCUUCAGUAGUUCUGGGUCCUGGCAAUUGUCCAUCGCCUACGAUUUUGGGAGAUUUUCUGGAAUUUCAAGGUUACCUAUCAUUGUGCAGCGGCCGGCGGUCUGUCAAAGGACGUCUCGUGUAUGAACUGUCUCUGACGGCCAAGCAAGAUGUCCUCUUCUCCUCCUUAGGAUCCAUCACCAGGGACAGCAGUUUCACGGUUUUGUCGCAGUGCCUCUACAAUAACACGCUAUCCAAUGUCUCUCUGGUGGUUUUGCCCUUUGAACUUCCUACGGUGACGAGUACCGGCAUCCUGAGUGUGGAGCUGCGCAUAUCUAAAGGUUCAUCGUUCUCCUCCUUCUAUGCGUCGGAGGAUUUCCCGUUACCGAUUCCUCUCCGGGAGUUCGUGUACUUGGAGGCCAGACUUCUCCAACCUUCUGAUCCCCGGCUGCACCUCCGCCUCCACCACUGCUGGGGGGCCCCGAGCUUGGACCCGGCUGUUACUUUGCAUUGGCCUGUGAUAGACGAUGGAUGUCCAUUUUCAGAUGACGACACCCUGACCAGGAUCCUGCCGACGUCCGUCCCCUCCAGCUACCAAAGAUUUGCCGUCUCUGCCUUUACUUUUCUCAACUUUCAAUACAACACUCAGGUUUAUUUCUUCUGUAGCGUCUCGGUGUGUCUGCCCUCCCCAUCGGAAAGCUGUACGUCAGAUUGCGCCAAUCUCACCCGCAGCCGCCGUGCUCAUCCGGAUGAUGCUCUGCUCUUGGUGGGCACCGCUGGACCCCUGGUUUUCCAACAGGAGAGGACAUUGGGUGCGGCCGGGCUCCAGCACUUGACCUCCACUCUCCCGGGAAUCGUCUUUGCCGUCACCUUCCUCCUCAUAGUUUUGCUUCUUGUCGCUGCUCUAAAAGUUAAAAGUGGUUUUAUGAUGUCAAAAAAUCAACUAAAUCCUCAAUAAAUGUCAAUGUCUCCUUUUCCCGGUGUCACGUU